AUGACCCAUUCAUUGCUGCUGACUACGCUGCUUACAUGUUCAAGUACGACUCCACCCACGGUCAAUACAAGGGUGAGGUUACUUCUCAAGACGGUGCUUUGGUCAUCGACGGCAAGAAGAUCACCGUCCACCAAGAGAGAGACCCGAGCCCAAAUUCCAUGGGGCAAGGAGGGUGUUGAGUUGGUUAUUGACUCCACUGGUGUUUUCACCAAGCUCGAGGGUGCCCAAAAGCACAUUGACGCUGGUGCCAAGAAGGUUGUCAUCACCGCUCCUUCCGCUGACGCUCCAAUGUUCGUCGUUGGUGUCAACGAAGACAAGUACGCUGGUCAAAGCAUUGUUUCCAACGCUUCCUGUACCACCAACUGUUUGGCUCCAUUGGCCAAGGUUAUCAACGACACCUUCGGUAUUGAGGAAGGUUUGAUGACCACUGUCCACUCUAUCACCGCCACCCAAAAGACCGUUGACGGUCCAUCCCACAAGGACUGGAGAGGAGGUAGAACUGCUUCCGGUAACAUCAUUCCAUCUUCCACCGGUGCUGCUAAGGCCGUUGGUAAGGUUAUCCCAGAAUUGAACGGUAAAGUUGACCGGUAUGGCCAUGAGAGUAGCCAACUGUCGAUGUUUCCGUCGUUGACUUGA